AUGGCCUCAGUCCUCGUCCCUGUGAGAAAUCAGGAGAGGGCUCCUUCAUGCAGCUUCCAGAGUCUCCGCUCCGUCCUUUAUGAUGAAGAAUUGCAAGCUGACUACGCGCCCUCUUUCUUUGAUAAUGGGGUGAGCAGUGGAAAUGGAAACAUGGCUCUGUUCAGCCUCUCUGAGGACACUCCAGUGGGGACUCAGAUAUAUAUUCUGAACGGAACAGACCCAGAAGGCCAGCGUGUGAGAUAUGGGUUGACCUUUGAACCCGGAUCUAAGGAAUAUUUCAAAGUGGAUCCUAUUUCUGGGAAUAUCAGCCUCAUUGAUGAACUGGACAGAGAAACACAAGAUGAAAUUCGAGUGUCCCUCAGCAUUUCAGAUGGCCCUAAUAAAGUGGUGGAGAAAGUGCGGGUGUUCGUAACAGAUGCCAAUGACGAAAGGCCCUUCUUUAAAAACCUGCCAUUCAUUGUGGAUGUCCCAGAAGACACCCCCGCGGGGAGCAGUGUUUAUAAAGUCGAGGCUGUGGACAGAGAUACCGGCUCUGGCGGGAGUGUCUCCUACUUCCUCCAGAAUUCUCACAUGACUCAGUUCGCCAUUGACGGGCACAGUGGGGUCUUGCGGAUUGGACCACACAGCACUCUGGAUUAUGAGAAGUCACGGACCCACUUCAUCACCGUGGUGGCCAAGGAUGGGGGUGGCACAUACAAAGGGAGGGAACAGGUGCUGUCAUCAUCAGCCACUGUCACCAUCAAUGUGAUCGAUGCCCAGGACACACCUCCCAUCUUCGUUGGCACGCCAUAUUUCGGAUACGUUUACGAGGUCUCAGUACCAGGUUCUGAAAUCUACACUGUUUAUGCCAAAGAUGGAGAUCUUGGCAACCCUAAUCCAAUCCAAUAUUCAAUAGUGAACGGGGCUGAUGGUGUUUUCACCAUCAAUGAAUCCACUGGAUGCAUUAAGCUUCUUGCGUAUCCAGCUCAUCUUAAAAAAGAAAGAUAUGAAGUUAAAGUCAAGGCUACAGAGCUGGGCACAGAGGGACAGUUUUCCACCACAGUUGUGACGGUCCGCGUAGUGGACCUGAACAACCACCCACCCACCUUUUUUGGGGAGAGCGGCCCACAGAGCAAGUUUGAGCUGACCAUGUACGAGCACCCCCCCGAGGGAGAGAUACUGCGCAGCCUGAAGGUCACGGUCAACGACUCGGACCAGGGUGUCAAUGCUAAGUUUAACCUGAAGCUGGUGGGCCCAGGCACCAUGCUGCGGGUGGUCCCUCAGACGGUCCUCAAUCAGGCCCAAGUCACCAUCAUCGUGGAAGAUUCUGCAGCCAUCGACUACGAGCAGUUCCACUUCCUCACCUUCAAGCUCCUCGCUGUGGAGAUUGACACCCCGGAAAGAUUCAGUGCCACGGCUGAUAUCAUCAUCCAUCUCCUGGACACCAACGACAACACUCCCAAGUUCUCCUCCGACUAUUAUGUUGCCAGAAUCCCUGAGAACUCCCCCGGAGGCUCCAAUGUCAUCACUGUGACGGCCGCAGAUCCCGAUUCUGGUCUUUGGGGCGAUGUGAAAUACUCCAUCUAUGGCUCUGGUGCAGAUCUGUUCCUCAUCCACCCCACAUCGGGCAUCGUCUACACACAGCCCUGGGCCAGCCUGGACGCUGAGGCCAAGUCCAAGUACAGCUUCUACGUGAAGGCAGAGGACAUGGAGGGGAAGUACAGCCUGGCGGAGGUGUUCGUCUCCGUGCUGGACCUCAACGACCAUCCGCCCGAGUUCAACCAGGACUUUCUGGAGAAGACCAUGGUGAUCGGCGCCCCGGUCAAGAUAGAGGCAGUGGACGAUGACGCAGAGGAACCCAAUAACAUCAUCGAGUACUCCAUCAUGAAAGCGGACCCAGACAACGUGUUCGAGAUCAACCCGGACACCGGCGAGAUCAAACUCAAGCCCUACAUCAAGUCCCUGGACAUCGUGCAGAACAUCACCAAGCAGAAGGACUGCACCUGGUCACUGGUGGUGCAGGCACGGGACCGAGGGUCCCCCUCCUUCAGCACCACCACCGUGGUGAAGAUCGACAUCACUGAGGCGACCCAGCUCAAGGGGCCGAUGGCGGCCUUUUUAAUGCAAAGUAGGGACAAUCCCCUCAAAGUCCUAGGCGUGAUCGCUGGCGUCAUUAGCGUCAUAAUAGUCACGACGAUGGUGAUCUCCACCGUAAUGUUCAUGAGAAACAAAAAGUCCAACAGGAUUACGCCCGCACGGCGACUCAUCAGGAAGAGGCAGAGGGACCGCAGGCCGUUGGCUUUCAAACUGCCGUUCCGUCGCCGUGACGACCCCGCCAACAAGUUCACGGUGAGAGACCCGGAGAAGGAGUUAGAGAACGUCAACUACAACAACAACAUCAACAUGAGCCGCCCCCCGCCCCCACCUCCCCCCAGUGCCCCCGCCAUGCCCCCGCCAUCGCACUACCACCCCCGGCCCAGUCAGGGGCACUGGCCCGGACACGUGCCGUCCAGAGCCAGCAGGAAGUCCAUCAGGACCAAAGAGACCAGCUUAAACUCAGCGUUUGUUUCCGAGCUGAAGAUGAGACUGGAACAGAAGAGUAUUUACAAUAAGGCAUAUCUUUUAGUUAAAUAUUGA